UCGGCCCGUCGGGGGCUGCCGGCCGGGCCGCCCGCAGGCGGGUGAAUCGAGUACCGAGCGACGGCGGCAGCGCCGCGGAUCAGUGACGUCGUCUCGCUGCGGCGACGCCGGGGGGAGCGAUGGCGGCGGCGGAGAGAGCGGGCGCCGUGGGUCGCGGUCCCCGCCGAAAGCGGCUGUGGAGGCCCGCGUUGCUGCGCGACGUUGUGGGCAGCGUCCAGGAGGGACGAGGAUUUGCAUUUCGGAGAAAACAAAAGAUCAAAAGACAGUACAGGAAAUUAUUAAAAAAGGGAAGAAAGGUCUCUUCACAACAGGAUGAUCAGUUUACUGAUACUUAUCCAGAGCACUUGAAACAUCUUUAUCUAGCUGAGGAAGAAAUGCUUAAGAAACAGCGCAGGACUCCAAAUGAUUCAGUUUUAUCAGAAGAAAAACUUAAUAAAGCAGUAGAGUCAGUUAUGACUGAAGGGAAGUUUAAGAAGAAAACGUCCAAUCAGAAGGCAACAGAAGAGUAUGAGAAAAUAAGGGCUGAGCGUGCUAGAAAGAAAGAGGAAGCAGAAAAAAGAAAACAGCAAAGAGAAGCAGCUCAGCGGUUGUACAAGCAAAAGAAAAUGGAAGCUUAUAAAAUAUUGAGUAAGAAGACAAAAAGAGGACAGCCAAAUCUAAAUUUACAAAUGGAGUUUCUUCUUCAAAAAAUAGAGCAAAAUACAUAAAUCUCUGCAUACAUGUUAAUAGCAGAUUUUGAGUUACCUGUGGACAUUUUACUAAAUUUCUUUUAAUAAAUAAUGUCUUUUUGCUUCUAUAUGACUUGUUAUUGGCUUGAUUUAUCUCAUCAGUCCAACAAUGGAGGAUACUUAUCCUCAAAAUAUGUAUUCUGUGCUGAGAGGGAGAGAGAUCUGGUACCUUGAAAAUAAAUGGUCUGUAUUUCUAAACUUAAAUUCUGUUAGCUAUGUAAUCUCCUCAAUUCCAAAUCAUUAGAGCCUAGUACCAUCUGAACAUGAAUCUAUGUAGAGUAAAGCGUUUGAUCUAACACUUCCUGCAACUGUGACUACUAAAAUGAUGCUUAUUUGAGAGGAGUAAAAUGAUACAUGCAACAUAAUUGAUAUCUCAUGAACUGCCAAGGCUAAGAGUGUGUUUUGUGUGCUGUUGGAUAGGAUUUCGCCCAUGGAAACAUAAACUGUACUUGGAUGGCUAUUACUUAUGAUUCUUCACAAAGAAUAAAACUUGCCAAAGGUCCAAAAAA